UACAUGAAGGACGUCUCGAGAGAGAGAGAAGAGUAAGGAUUAUCAUUCAUUCGCCAACCACAUUCAUCCCUUGUGCCAUUUUGCCCAAUCCCAAUCCCAAUCCCAAUCCCUCGCUCUCGUCUUCAUCUUAUUCUUCCUCAUCCACCAUUCAAUCUUUCCCAUUUUUCCUCUUCCACUCGAUUUUCUGUCUAGUGUUGCUGCUGCUCUUUCCAAACAAUUCACUUAUUGCUGUUAACAAGCACUCCAUGAACCUGCUGAGCAGACUUGGUCUCAGUAGCCCAAGGGCAGGAGAGAAUAUGGAUUCAUCCAUUGCUCAGGGACCAGACAACGACAUACCGGCAGCCGGUCAACAGUUUGCCCAGUUUGGUGCUGGUUGCUUCUGGGGUGUUGAGCUGGCCUUCCAGAGGGUAUCUGGGGUGACCAAGACAGAGGUUGGUUAUAGCCAGGGCCUCUUGCAUAAUCCAAGAUAUGAGGAUGUCUGCUCUGGGACUACAAACCACUCAGAGGUUGUCAGGGUCCAGUAUGAUCCUAAAGACUGUAGCUAUGGGUCUCUGCUUGAUGUGUUCUGGGCUAGACACGAUCCUACCGCACUGAACCGGCAGGGGAGUGAUGUGGGAACUCAAUACAGGUCUGGAAUAUACUAUUACACACCUGAGCAAGAGAAAGAAGCCCAAGAAUCUCUGGAGCAACAACAGAAGAAGUUGAACAGGAAGAUUGUCACAGAGAUUCUUCCUGCCAAGAAGUUCUACAGGGCAGAAGAAUACCAUCAACAGUACCUUGAGAAAGGGGGUCGAUUUGGUUCCAAGCAAUCUUCUUCUAAGGGAUGCAAUGAUCCAAUUCGAUGCUAUGGUUAAAUUCAUAUGGGAAUCACAACCAAGGAUUGAAAACUUUCUGUUAAUAUAGCAAUAAAGCUAAGUCACACCAUACCCUAUUCUUCUCUAUUGUAUUUGUUGGUUGAAGCUCACCAUAAAGUCAGAUUUGAGUUAUUUAGUGUUUUAUAUGUGUAGUUUUCUAUUUACGGGUUCUUAUAGUACCUUUAAUUAGUGGUACAUUUUGAGUUAAAUUAUUGAUUUAUAGUUUUGGGUUU